GUAUAGAUGCUCAUCAUCGAUCACAAUAUACAUCUCUAGCGCUCUCACCCCCACCUCACGCAACCAAAACAUCAAAGGCCGGAACGAAAGCAUGGCGGGAGUGGAUUUGCGGCACAUACUCUUGGAUUUGCUGCCGUCGUUUGAUAUGAAGGAGCGAUGUCGAGAGCUAGGUAUCCAACAUCAUCUGCAGAACAUUAUUCCUGACCUUUGGGCCAUCAAUGCAGUCAUUCGGGACGCGACGAUGCGGGCGUGGACGCAGCCGGACGUGGAGAUGUGGACGGCGGAUGCGGGUGCAGCCAUUGCGGACGUCCACAACCUGCUUGACCGGAUCUUGGAGUGGCCGGGGAGGGCAGCGGCUCCGUCGAAUCCCUUGUUGCGCUCCUUCCUCGGCAUCCGAGUGGCUUUUCGUCUUUCUAUUCUGCAGGAGCUCAAGGAGAUGGGGCUCAGGUUGAAGGAGCUCGUCCUUUGGGGGUCUGCCUUGGACCUCCGGAAGGAGAUGAUGGAUGCCAUGGAUCCAUGCGAUGAAGAGUACUCCUAUGUCCUAGGAGAUGAAGUGGUGGGAAGAGAUGAGGACAGAGAUAAUAUUAUAGAGAUCCUUCAGCAGAAUCAAUCAUCCAACAACAACGGUGAGCCCUUCGUCAUUGUCAUCCAUGAUGAAGGGCCAUGGUCGGGGAAGACAACCCUGGCUCGGAUGAUUUACCACCACCCCUGGGUGCGCCAACAUUUCCAUCAUCGAAUCUGGGUGGACGUUUCCAUCGACUUAUCUUUCGAUGAACUAAGCAUCGGGAGAGAAUUUGCAAGGUCUAUCACGGGAGACUCGUGCGACCAUCUGCAAUCGCACCAAGCUAUCUGGCUACUCGUGAAUGAACGGCUCGGCCAAAGAAGAUACUUGCUCAUUUUGAAUGACAUAUACUAUGAUGAUAUGGAAGAGGGGUUGAAAGACAAGUGGGAUCAACUAAAGCACAACCUAUUGCAUGUGGGUGGAAUCGGAAGUACAGUGAUCAUCACUACUAAAUAUAGGAGGCCUAUAGAUAUAUUUGGGUGCAAAGAGUAUAUGUUGGAUGACCUAUCAGAGGAUGCUUGGAUAAAAUUGUUCAUGAGAGACACAUUCAUUGGAUCAGCGCAGGACAAAGAGAACACUUGUACCAUAAAUUUGCUACUUCAAUUUGCGGAGCAACAAUACAAAACAAUUAAGGGCUCUCCCUUACUGGCAAAGACGUUGGGCUCAAUAUUCAGGUACGCUGAGGUAAGUCGAUGGCAAGAAGUAGCAUAUGAUUUGUCUUGUCACUCAGAUGUUUGGCCUCCUUACUCAAAUGUUAGACACCAUCAGCAUUUUAAAUUAAUGAGCCUCCAAAAUCUUUCAACUAAACUUGCACGAUUACGACUCUAUGGCUCAUUGUGCAAUUUAGGUUGGUCUGCUUAUUCAAAGGAAGAUUACAUGCAUAUGAUGAUCGUUGAAGACCUUAUGCCACAACAAUCAUUUGAUGCUAAGCGUAUGACUAGAUUGAUCGUUGAAAUUGAGUUAGAUUUUGUACUGACAGAUUACUAUAUGAGGACAAGGAUUGGUCAAGAUUCAAUAAGAAUCCCGAAACAAUGUUGCCAUCUAUGCUUACUUGUCAAUUCUGAUGAUGUAUUCACGUUUACAACCGCCUUAUCAGCAGGGGCCACAAAGAGAUUAAGAACUUUGAUUGUGCAAACGAAGGAAGAGAUGACUGACAACGAUCAAAAGUGUCAAAUCACAGAGAUCCCAGCAGACAUGUUUACAAAUUUGGUACAUUUACGGAUAUUACAUUUAUCAGAUUGUAGGAUCCAACGGUUACCUAAUACAGUUGGCAAGUUAGUUAGCUUGAGAUACCUCAACCUUUCUUGCACCGAGAUCCAAUCACUUCCUAAAUAUCUCUCUAACCUUCAAAAUUUGAAGAUCUUAAAGUUGACUCAUUCUUAUUGUCAAAAACUUCAAAUGCUUCCUGAGUCGAUAAUCGCCCUUACAAAUUUACAAGAGUUAGAUGUCGAAGGUUGUCAAUCAUUCAAGAAAUUACCUGAAGGUUUGGUUAGCAUGAAAAAAUUGACAAUACUAAAUGUGAAUAAAUGUGUAUCCUUGACUCGAUUACCUAAUGGAAUAGGGCAAUUGACUAACCUCCAAAAGUUAUUAGUGCAUGCUACAACUGAUAGUCUUGCAAGUGUCAUCCUAGAAUUGCAGAGUUUAGUAAAUCUUAAAGAACUUCGUCUCAAAAAACUUAAUGGACUAUCAAGCGUGGAGGAUGCUCGAGCCUUAAAGCUCCAGGAUAAAAUAUUCCUGAAGUGUUUGGCACUAUGUUGGGAGUGGCGGGAUAUGGAAGUUGCAUUAGGUUUUGAUGCAAUAUUAUUACAUGAGCAGGUAUUGGAAGACCUUCAGCCUAACCUAGCUUUAAAGAAAUUAGAAAUUGUUUCUUAUAUGGGGAAGAAACUCCCGAGCUGGAUGGCGUGCAAACAAGGAUAUUUAAAGGAUUUGACGGAGAUCAAGCUCGUCAAUCUCAGGAAAUGUGAAAGGCUACCACCGCUUGGACAACUACCUGAGCUUGAGAUUGUUGAGAUAAGUGGCAUGGAUUCAAUUACUACAGUGGAUGAUGCAUUCUAUGGUGAUGGUAAUGGUGAUGGUGACACAUUUCAUUCGUUGAGAACACUCAUUUUCUCAGAAAUGCCUAUGCUGGAGAGAUGGCUGAAGGCAAAAGGUAAAGGUGACAUGUUCCCGAGGCUUGAGACGUUGAUACUAAUCCAGUGUCCAAAAUUCAAGGAAUUGCAUGUGCGACCAUCAUCAAGAAGGGAAUUCCUUAGACUUGAACUAUGGUUGAAUAAUGACAAGUUGCUGAGCUCUGAAUUUGUAGGUUGGCAGAACCUUAAAAAUGUCAGAGUGUUGGAGAUAACCGGGUGUGAAGAGCUGAGGUGCUUCUUACCACAGGGAAUCAAGUAUCUUAAGCACCUUUAUCGUUUGGAGAUUAUUCGAUGCAACAAUUUGAUCUCUUUGCCAGAUUGGUUGGCAGAACUCAAAUCUCUUGAAUACGUGAUUGUACAAGAUUGCGCCAUGCUGUCAUUCAUUCCCGAGAGGCUCAAACAAUCGCCCCGUUUUCACAUUUGGAUUGAAGGCUGUCCAAAGUUGCAGCUCUAA